AUGCUUGGAAGUUUAUUUGAUGCGUUGGUGAGUGUACAAAAUGAGCUCACAAACAGUGUGCAAAAAUUGCGAAAUAGCACACCGUCUGCUGUACAAAGAAGUUCGUCUGAAGCGAUUGCAUCUCUUUUGAAAACACAAGCUGGAAGCAAUCUACUUUUGAAAUAUCAACUGAACAUUGAAAUGAUGGAGCAAAUGAAUGAUGAAAAUAUACGUUUGGCAAAUUUGUGCAGUACUCGUAUGGGACGAGCGCAACAAAUGUGUAACGAACGUGCUGAAGUUAUUUUAGCUUGUUACAACCAUUUACGUACGUUAGAUCAAACAACAAAGGAAUUAAUGAAUUUGAAUCACGAAAUUAGCAAACUGAAUCGAUUUUGUUUACAAACGGAACUAGCGAUGACACAUUUGGAGGCAUUGCUAAUCGUCGCUGAUACUGAAGCAGAUAUCGCUUCAAUGAAAAGUGAAAUAAGAAAGGAAAAAGUAGAGAUCAAUAAUUUUCUCAAAUUUUCUAAUAAUUUGCAUAUUGGUCAUUCAUCGUUGGCAUUGAAUCAAGAUGAAUUGCGACUACAAAAUCAAUUUAAUUUAGAAAAAGAACGUUUGGAAGAAGUUGCGCUGGAGGAAUUUUUGAGUCAUCGUGAAAAUGAAGACUAG